AUGAAUUCAACAGAGACAACACCAAAUUAUUGUGAUUGGAGAAUAGAAAUCUACAAUUGCGAAAAUUCGACAUUUUGGAUAAUGGAAGUUUACUUUUCCUUGAUUUCUUUCGCUUUGCUAGCGUUCUCUGGCACAUUUAUCUUUGGUUAUCGAUACCGAUACAUGUGGCAAGGAUUAUUUGUAGAUCACGGGGGUGUCGGUAUUCGACCAUUACCCGUUGAUUGUCUCUUGCUAUUCUUUACACUUGCCGCAUAUCUUCGAGCACUCCAUUGUUUGUUUAUGAUUAUUGACAUAUACACAGCUUACUGGCAACGUGAAUUUGUUCAGGAAAUAGCGUGGACAUUCCUAAGUUACGGUGCUGUGACUUAUCUUGUUGGCAUAAUAUAUACUAUACCAGUCAGCUACACAAACGGGACCGCAGGCAUAGUCUCGCUCGGUAAUGGAGUAGCCGGCGACAAGAAAAGCGCAUUUAAUCUCACCACACACAAAUUAUUCAUUCCCACUCCCAAACAACUAAACGUUUGCAUGGCAAUUUGGUGUCUAUGGCCAUCGCUUAUUGCAUUACCGUGUGCUGUUUUCUCCGGAAUCGAAAAAGAUCGACACAAUAUUGACAUUGCAAGUAGAUACACUGCAGCUCAAUAUAUCGCCGACUUCAUAUUCGAUAUGAGUUUUGCAGUUAUUGCCGCGUACUACGGUCUAAACUUUGCAGUCGUUCUUAAAAGCACAAUAAAAAUAUUCGAGACCAAUGGAUCCGGAUUCUAUAGUUCCGGUGGUAACCCAACUCGUAAAGCGUUGCAUCGUCUAAAGUACACGAUGGCUUAUUUAUCAGGGUUGGCAUGCUUCUCUGGUCCGUGGUGGCUAGUUUGGGGUCUGGCACAUAGACAAAUUAUUGGUUCAAUUAACAAUAUUAGUAUUUUCUUGUCGAUAAAUUGGUAUAUCGCCGGUGCACAACCAUUGAUUGCCGUGUGUCAGUAUGUUCUCGCUAAACGUAUUUAUCAAAAAGCCACUGGCCAGACAUCAUCUAUUACAUCAACUAGUAGUUCUACGGCUCCGAUACUCUCGCAGGUUACAAAUCCUAGAUCGCCAUCUACUCCAAAAAGAGCAUCUUUUAAACCAGCUGUGAUAAAAGUUGAUAACACCGUGGAUAUUGAAAUGAGUUUUGUUAGUGACAAUCCGUUGACUCGAGAAGCAAAGUUGGAAACAAUCAUAGCAGGAAGCGAACCGGAAAGUAAUAAAUGGGAAUUGACAGUAGUUGAACUUGAUGAAUCUGGAAAAAUAUGUAACGAACAAUGA